UUUUUUCCCAUAGAGUGCCAAGCAACCUGUUUCAAAAACUCAUCCUACAUAUUUUCGAAAAGCGGAAGAGAUUGGGAUGACAACUGGUGGGUCUGUAUAUACCAGGGAGGUUACUUAGUCUCCAUCGAAACUGAAGAGGAAUGGCAGUUUAUCAGUCAUGAGAUUCAAAAGCGUGGUACUUCGAAUACUAGUGCGUGGCACAUUGGUUUAUGGAAGUUUCUCGGAGUUUGGACAUGGGAGAGUGGAGAAAAACUAAAGAUUUCGAAAUGGCGAGAUUCUCAGCCAGAUGGUAACGACAAUUACGCGGAAAUAUCUAAGAAUAGAGGCCUCUUUAAUGGUAUCUCUCGGGGUGAUAAAAACGCCUUCAUUUGCGAGAUGCCCGGAGGUAAGAGCACAUUCCAACCAUGAAGUAUAUUAUGUGCUGAAACAUUGCAGUCUUGCACUUGUGUCAGGAAACUUUCUCUUGCUUCUUAAAAGUAAACAUGUUGUUCACAUAAUAUGCUCGGCUCACCUAACUGGUACGUGUGAGCGACGAAUGAACUUUUAAGCGUGUAUCAGUAGUUGAACAUAAUGGCCAUCACAAAAACGGGGACAUAUGUUUCGAAAAAAAAUGAUCACCCUGGGAUUUUCCCUUUUUUGCAUCGCCUGCAGCUGGAAAAACAGCGAUGGAAACUGUACAUUUCACAACUUUUGUCGAGCGCGCUGAGAUUGGGAUAAUCUAACCAACGGAAUUUUCCCUUGCCACAAGUUACAAGGCGUGAUCACUGACGUCAGUGAGUGAAUCCGUGUUCUUUUAAACAUAACGCAUCGAAGUACGUAUGCCCAAGGUCUUGAGUACCGGUACUGAAGACAGAGUGCACAGUUUUUCCCGACCUUAGCUUAUGAAUAACAGUUUUUUUUUCUUUUAAACUCAACGAAAUAUUUUCCAAAAGAACCCUAAUGAUUUAGGGCUGUAAUUACGGCAAGAUCCUUCAUGAACUGAACAAUUUUUGAACGAGUAAAUGGUAGUUGAAACAGACUGAGGUAAUGCAAAUUAAAUAGAGGCUUUACCGAAAUAUUUUUAUUUGUGUAAUGGAAAAUGUGAUUUAAAAGGCUUCCAAACAAACUCAAAACUUUUUUUUUAACAAGUAAAUGUCACAACCUGACACCUGUAAAGUAGAGAGCGUGUAAGAAACAAAAGCGUAUGCACGUUUUAAAAAAAGAGAACAACAACAACAUCAACGGCACUGGUUUGGCAAACAAACUUGAGUUCAAUGUCUAUAACGGGAAUUUUUUCUUUAAAAACAGUCAAUGAUCUUACAGAAAGUAUUACUCACUUCCAUCAACUAUUGAUGAACGAAGUAUAGCUCUGUUCAGUCGGUAAAUGGAAAGUAAUUGCAAGUAAAUUUAAAUCUGUUUCGAGAUUGAGGGAGUUUGCUCGUUUACUUGGUGCAAUCGCGUGUGUAAAUCUGGUCUUUUGUCAAAAGUGGAAUUUUAAUGCCGCUUUUUCUCGUUUCUCGUUUUUUCCACAACCUUUCCCAUAACAACUGUAUGCGGUGAACUGCGUAUCUCCAGUUACACAUUUAUAAGAACUUACAUUCACAUUUAAUUUUACGUUUUUUAAGUCCAUUCAGAUGGGGGAGGAAGAAUAGGGGGCGGGGUGAGGGUGGUGUCAGCUCCACAAGGAAAUAAUUAAUUUUCGAAAACUCGACUACCAAAAUUACAUGAACUCACAGAUAAUCUUAGCUGAUGUGAAGUUAACUAAUUCAGAAAAGCAGGUUAGAGAUGGCGGACGCCGUAAGGAGGAAAGAUGUAUAGUAUUAAUUGACACUGAUCAAACAUAAACUGAAGGUGUUAAAAAAAAAAAAAAAAAGGAAUCAUAUAAAAAUAAUCAUAAAACUGUAAAAAAAAAGGAAUUAUAUGAAAAAUAAGUCCCGUUUUCUUUCUCAUUUAUUUUUCUCCUUUAUUGUGAUUGUGAUUGUGAUUUUAAUCUUUUUAUGUCAUCAUCAUUAUUAUUAUUUAUCAUUUUGAUUAUCAUUAUGAUAAUUAGCAUUUUUGCUUUUAUUUUUAUCAUUUUGUAGAAUGCCUAAAUAUAACUUUUAAAAACUCUUGGUACAUAAUUUCGGUGCGCGAACGGCGGCUCAUCAACUGGCUCUGGGCCAGAGAAGCCUGCCAAAACCAAGGAGGGGACCUAGUUUCCAUUGAAACCGAAGAAGAAUGGAAUUUCAUCAAUGACCAGAUUCAAAGGCGAAAUACUACGCGCUAUGAAAAUAAGUGGAAUAUUGGUUUAACAAAAAAGGCCGGGAAUUGGACUUGGGUGAAUGGAAGACCGCUGACUAUUUGCAAAUGGGAACAAGGGGAGCCAGGAGGUGAACACGACGCGGCUUUCAUUUACAAGCGGUCCAGUAAUGGGGAGCAGGGCGUGUUUGGUAGUGUUGAUGGCACAAGUAUAGGAUAUCGCCACGCUUAUAUUUGUGAGAUUUCCGAGGGUAAGUUUUUAUUUUUGUUGUUGUUUUGUUUUGUUUUUUCUGUUUGUUUGCUUUCUUUAAUAUUAUUUUGA